AUGGCCGAGAAACGGAUCACUGGCAAAGACGAGAAAAUAGCGAGUCACCACAUCCAAGUUUCAAAGGACAUUCGCAAAGCUUUUGCUCUCAACGACGACGAGGAUGUCAUACAAACGUACACUGGAACUUUAAAAAUGACGAAUGGAUCUACAAAAGGAAAGAUGCAUAUCACUCAAAACUUCUUUUGUUAUGUUCCUAUAUUUGUAAAGGGGAAUAUAAGUAUUCGUAUUUCUGAUUUAAUAUCUAUAACAGAUGAAAUAUUGAUGAUAGAUACAAUAGGUACUAAAUAUACCUUUUCGCCGCUCUUAGGUGCGACUGAAUGUUACAACUUAAUGAAUUAUUUAUUUCUCUACCCAUUCGCUUUACUUAAGUUAAGUGUCUAUAAAACACAUACAUUAGAAAAUAUACCUCAAAAUAGAGUCUCAGGGUUCGACUUUGAGACUGCUCAAACAGCAUUAACUACAGCACAAGAAGUGAAAUUAUUAAAGUUGGACACUAAAAGAGAAUUGGAAGCUCAACAAAGCACUUUACAAUAUAUUAACAAAAUGUUGGACAAAAACGAAGAAACGUUGGACGACAUCGACGAUAACAUCGAAGCAAUCAAUUCUAUCACUUAUGAAAUAAAAUUACAAUACACCAAUAAAAUUAAAAAAAAUCCGCCCCCGGUUCUCGAACCACAGGUCCUCACCGAACAACUCAAACAACUACCCACCCCGCAAAAGAUCGAAAUUAAAGUUUUGUGGAAAUUGGAGAAUGACACUCUAAUACCAGCGGUCUUAUCCAUCUUCGACGCGGAGAUCAAAAUCAACGAGGAAAGCGCAAAUACAAAGAAAAAGUUAUUAACGCGGCAAUUUGAUAUAAAAAGCAUCACUGGCCUCUUCAUGCGUGCUCGGCCUUUACAUCUCAACAUUUCAUUAGACUCCGUCGGCAAAGAAAAGUCGCGCCUUAGACUUUUCGCGACGUGUUUGCAAUUCAUCGUCAACGAAAUUUUCAUUCGAUAUUUCGUGUUGAAAGGAACAAACGUCUCCGUGACGUUCGAGCCCAACUCCCGUGUCUUCGACUUUGGUGACGAGCGAAUUACUAAGACCUUUUUGGGGUCUCCUGCCAUUAAAGGGCAAAUCCAAGCUACUGUUGACGAUGAAACAGCACUUAAAUUGUUCUCAGGAAAAGAUCGAGAGGAUUACUUGAAGAUGCGUGAGAUGAAUAAAAAGACCGUCACAUUAUUACAAGAUGUCACACAAUUGAACUCAGAGACGUCCAGACUUGCAAUGGACUCAACCCAAAAGGUAAACGACUUGUCCGAUAGAAUGGAAAGGCAACUGAACAUUAUAGAAGAUAAGAAGACUAAAGUCGAGGACACUUUAAGAAAAUAUGGUAAAAACUAA